AUGGCGAAAACGGUCCUAGUGGACCACCUGGAGAACCUGGACAGAAAGGACCACCAGGACCUAACGGUCCAACCGGACCCACAGGUAGCCCUGGUUCAUUGGGUGCCGGUGGGUCUUGUGACCAUUGUCCUACACCAAGAUUGGCACCUGGUUAUUGAAAUUUCUAGAAAAAUGUUUAAAGAGUAUGUAUGCCUUUUAGAAAUUUUUUUGAUUUUUAUUUCUUUUAAAUUUAUAUUUCCACCGUAA